AAUGAGGUGGACGCACAGGAUCAUGACGCCGCCCAUCAGCAGCGUGGACGACUGGCACAGGCGGCGGUAGCAAAAGUGCAACAGCAGCAGGGCGAUCAAGUACGCCGGCACCUCCGUCACCGCCGACAGGAAGCAGUUGAGAGUUUCCGGAAGAUCUUUGUUCAAAGUCUCCGGAAGGAAGAUGUUGACCACGGAGGAGGCAAUGGUUAGACUUCCCAUGAGAAUGUACGGCAGAACCUUGUUUUUUCACCAUCAAUGGAACAUCCAUCGUCCCCGUGAACCAGGAAGUCGCCAGCUGGCUAGGAACCAGAAAGACGAGCAAACAACGUUUUUUUUUACAACAGCUUGACGGAGGUUCUGUAUCCUUAUACAAAACCAUACUUUGCAUGAUCAAAAAGUCGCAAAAUUUCAGCAAAGGAAGUGACGAUGAAGAUUUAGUCGUCGAGCCGCGAUGAUGGAGAUCAGAAACGACAACUCAUGGACCAAAACUCACAUCCUGUGGCAAAUAGGAGAGUGUGCGUUGUGGGUGGUGCCGGUGUGUGCUGGGAUGGAUUCACUUGAGCGGACCAGUCCAAACAACAAAAUACUCCGCUCCAGAAUCAGCGGCCAGCGUGCGAGAUGGACGGCGUGAACGACUAUGAGGCUGACACGGCGUUUUUGGGGGACUGGGGCCCCUUCCAGCGGCGUCUCUCGUUGCUGCUGUGCAUCACCAUGAUCCCCAACGGAUACGGGAGCCUCGUGGUGGUCUUCCUGGCCGACACGCCGGCCCACCGCUGCCUGGUGCCCGCGGGCGUUCCAAACUUGACGGAAGAGUGGCGCAACGCCAGCAUCCCCUUGGAGGAAGAUGGCCGGCCUGCGGAGUGCUCCCGGUACCGCUUGGACACUCUGCGGGGGUACUCAAAAGCGGGCCUGCUUCCCUCCGAAGUCAACCUGACUGGCGUGCCGCGAGAGGGUUGCCUUGAUGGGUGGGAGUACGACCGCAGUGUUUACACGUCCACCAUUGUUUCUGAGUGGGACCUUGUGUGUUCGCAGCAGUGGAAGCAACCGCUGACGUCGUCGAUCUACUUUUGCGGUUACCUCGUCGGAUCCUUCCUGUCUGGCCAGCUCUCUGAUAGGUUUGGCAGGAAGAUCGUGCUGUUUGUCACCCUGGCGAGCCAGACGCUGUGUGGCUUCAUCCAGGUUUUUUCACAGUCCUGGAUAGCCUUCUGCGUCCUGUACUUCCUCGGCGGCAUAUCGCACAUCUCCAACUAUCUGUCCGCCUACGUGCUCGGUGCGGAGAUCGUCAGUCCUCCAGUGCGUGAGUUCUUCACCACGGCGGGCUCGUGUGUAUUCUUCGCUCUGGGCUACAUGCUGCUGCCACUCCACGCCUACUUCCUGCGAGACUGGAGGAUGCUGCUGCUGGGCAUCACCACGCCCGGCUUCCUCCUCUUAACUUUCUGGUGGUUCAUCCCCGAGUCGCCUCGCUGGCUUCUGUCUCAGGGAAGGAUCGCUGAGGCCGAGGCCAUUUUGAAAGAGGCCGCCAAGACGAACAAAAUAGAGGCACCGGAAAAAAUUUUCACUCCUUUGCAGAAAGAAUGUGGCUCGGAGAAGAUGAAGGCGUACAACAUCUGCGACAUACUCCGCUUAAGGAACAUUGGCUGGAUGUCCGCUGUGCUCUGGCUCGUCUGGAACACGAUCGCCAUCGGCUACCUGGCCCUGUCGCUCAACACGUCCAACCUGCACGGCGACGCCUACUUCAACUGUUUCCUGUCGGGGGCCGUGGAGGUCCCCGCCUACUUCAUCACGUGGCUCAUGUUCCGCCGCUGCCGCCGCCGAGUCAUCAUGGCCGGCAGUCUCUUCGCUUCGGGUUUCUUUCUCCUGGUCAUCCAGCUCGUUCCGGCAGGCCUGCACUGGCUGGCGGUGGCCCUGGAGAUGAUCGGAAAAUUCAGCUUGACGGUGGCGUUCGCGCACGUCUACGCUUACACCGCCGAGCUCUACCCGACUGUGCUGAGGAACACGGCCUUAGGCGCCUGCUCCAUGGCCUGCAGGAUUGGCAGCAUCCUCGCACCCUACAUCAUCUACCUGAGAACGUAUUUGGUAUCCCUGCCUUACAUCCUGAUGGGCGUCCUGAUCACAACGGCGGCGUUACUCAGCCUCCUGCUGCCCGAGAGCUUUGGAAUGCCCCUGCCGGAAAGCGUCGCUCAAAUGCAGCCCUUCCCCGGGUGCUGCAGGAAGAAAGCCUACAAAUGCGCACACACAAAUGAAGAUGAGACCGAACAGAAGUUCACGGGUGUCCAGUAAACACAAAUAUUCCCAUUCAAAUUACAGUAUUAAUAAUUAUUAGAUUUGUGAUUUUUGAUCAGAUGUGUUUUUACUUCUUCACUGAAUGUAGAAAUAAACAGAGGUUGCCAUCAAGUGCAAAUCCAUACAGUAAUAUUAAAUUAUACCGACCCUCUGUGUCGUUUCAAGAAAUAAGCCAACCCAAUGAAAAAGACAUCAUAUUAUGAUAUUUAAAUAACAGUACCUAAAUUGCAGUGGGUUUUUUUGUUUGUUUUACGAAUAAUUUGUUGAUGGGUCCUGUUUUUUAUUCUCUUUUUUUUUUUUUUUUGAUUGAGCACCUUCUCCCCAAAAUGUCUGUGCACGUGCCUGACCCCAUGGGUUUUAAACCAGUUUUGUUUUAUUAUGAUAAAUGUUAAAUGAACCUCCUCACCUU